AAUAUCAAUAAAAUUGUGAUGUACACUCAUGCGUAAACUCAAUAGUCAAUAACAAUUAGUUGUAAAAAAUGAGCGGCAAGAAUUAGUUAAAAUAUUCAAACUUAAUGUAAUCCAUUUCAGAUAACAUCCAAUUCUGAAUACCAAAAGAGACAGAAAAGGAUAUUGCUAAAUGCUGCCUUGAAGUCUUCAGAAGUUGUGAAUUGGGUGUUUAGGGUAUAUGUGUAUAUGCCUGACGAGUCCAGCCACAACCAUGUGAUUGGUGAAUUGGGAUCAGCAAACCAGCGGCUUGAUCAGGCAAUCAUAGACCAAAUUCAUGUGCUAGUAUCUGAUGGAGCCAGGAGGACGGAUGAGGUGGAACGUGCUGUUAAUAGCUUUGUCCAGCGACAGUUCCCCACAGCCAGUCUACUGAACCCCAGAUACUAUCCAAGUCGAAAGAUAAUUCGAAAUCACAUGUAUAGUGCUAUGUGCAUGCAACAAUUUUCUUCCAAUGACUUGACCAAUUUGGGGCUACAUGUUGAGCAGUGGAAGAAGGAUAUGCCUGAAGACCGCUUCUUUUAUGCAUCUGGUGCAUUUCUGAAUGAGAGGUUCAGGCGAGGAUUGGAAACCUCACAGCCCCAGUCAUGGACCAUGGAGAGUGUUCCUCACACAAAGCAAUUUGAUAGCAUUUCAUGUGGUGUUUAUGUUAUUCAGUUUGUGGAGAACUACUUGGCGGGGAAGUCCCUACAAUAUUCAUGGACAAGGAAUGACGUGGAGGAAAAGAGGAAACAGAUUAAAUUGUCAUUGACUGCUUUCAGUUGUAGGCAAGGCUCGAUGGUUACAGGGGUCAGGCCGGUCCGCAUAGUCAUUCCCACCCAAGAGACCCUAAGUGUUAAGUCUGUGAGUGACCGCUCUCUGGGCCAGUCAGAUUCUGGCUUCAUCGAGCCAAAACAGUCAACCUCCGGAGAGGCAUCCAUAACAUCCAUCCAGAAGUCUGCUAAGAGGAUGAGAGAUUAG